GGUGGUGGUGGUGGUGGUGGUGGUGGUGGUGGUGGUGGUGGUGGUGGUGGUGGUGGUGGUGGUGGUGGUGGAGAUACCCCUUUUAACUUCCAUGAUUUCAUCACCUCACAGAGCAUUCGUUAA